UAUAAAAUCAAUUAUAGCGGUUUUGUUUGCAGAUUGUGUUAAUCAAAUCAUUUUAAUUGAAUUCAGAUUAUUCUCGUUAAAUUAAUUGAUUUUUCAAUUAAGUAAUGUGACACAAUCGGCAUGUACAACUGACCCAGUGUAUCCGCUAGUGAACUAGGUCGAUCAAUAUUAUACCGGAGGAAGGGAUAGAGGUGGCAGUUUUCUCAUACGAGUGGUGGUGACCACCCUUCUUCACUGAGAGGAGAUGCGCGUGUGGAAAUUGCUUUCAGUGCGCCGCGGAAAAUUCGUCCAUCCAAAACAUGUCGUCUUCUAGCGAGGAUCUCAUGAUUGUGGAUGUGCCCGAGAAUCGCUAUGAUGAUGCGAUCCACCAUCUUAGAUGGAACUUCUUCGCUGAUGAGCCGCUCAACAAUGCUGUGGGACUUUGCGCGAGGGGGGAAUCCCAACGCGAACUUGAGCGACACUGCCUUCUCACCUUGAAGCAGGGUUACUCCAGGAUGCUAGUGGAUAAGAAGGGAGCGAUAGCGGGAAUGGCACUAAACGGUAUUCUGAAGAAAGGUGAACGUGAGGAGGCAGAACGGCGUCUUGAAGAGAUGAAAGACGAAAAAUUCAAGAUGAUCUUCAGAGUGCUCUAUAAAGUGAAUGAAAAGAUUGAUUUGUUCGCAAAGUAUGAUGUUGAUGAGCUGUUCGAGUGUCGAAUCCUCAGCGUUGAUGCGGAUUACCGCGGCAAAGGCUUGGCCAGUAUCCUUAUGGCCGACAGCGAGAAAAUCGCUAGAAAUGCCGGUUUCAAGCAUGCUCUUCGGUUAAUGUGCAUGGGAUAAUUUUCGUUUACUUCCUCACGAGGUGUGUAAGGCCGAUGCAACCGGCGCAUUCUCACAGAAGGUCUAUCUGAAGCACGGCUUUCAGGUGGAAGCAGAGAUUCCGUACACGGAAAUGGACAAGUCUGUCAGACCGGCGCCGCCUCAUCAAGCGUUAAAACUGAUGGUGAAGUUGCUAGAUUGAAGAUACAAUAAGAAAGUCGUUCGCUCGAAGAGCGAGCUUAAUUAAAUUAAAUCGUCAAAAUGCAAAAGCGCAAAGUAGAUAAAAGGUAUAUGUAUCGUCGUCGUGUCAUGACAAUAACAGCUCUGUUAAUUCAUGUUUCGGUGUCGCAAAUGACGCGACGCCUUCUCAUAGAAUAUUUAUCUCAAAGCAAAAGAGAAUAUCUCACGCGUUUCACGUAAUACGUGUCGAAACGUUUCCGAAUGGUAUCCGGUAUUACUGCCCCUGUAUAUGUGUUCCGAACAGAAGAAUCUCUCUCGUCAUUAAGAAAGAAACGGAGAAUGAUGAUUCAAUGAAAUUGCAUAAUUUAAUGCAGCGAACGGACAAAUUCGCUAAGUCUAUCACACGUCACAUUCGGAUCUUUCAUUUGUGCAAAACUCAACUAGUCAAUGUAGCAAAGAAGCUAUAAUGUUAUAUAAGAAAUAUAACAUUAUUCCGUAUGUUAUUUAACUCUUAUAUACGUUAAACCAUAAACGUUUAAAGUGAAUAUAAAUACUAAUGAUCAAAUUUAAUUUAAUGAUAAAUAUAAAAUGUAUAUAAAAAUCUUUCUAAAGAUCUCUCAUUGUAUUACAAUUUUGACACAUUUUUAAGAAAGCAAAAUACUUAAAUAUUAUCAGUUCUAUUAUCAGCGAUGCAUUGUGAUUAUUAUACAUACAUAUAUAUAUGUAUACAUAUUUUUCGUAAUUAAUUUAAGGAAAAAUAAAGUGAUAAGAAUGCGGUUAUGAAGUCAUAUAUAUAUAUAUAUAUAUAUAUAUAUAUAUAUAUAUAUAUAUAUAUAUAUAUAUGACAGUGAUUCAGAGAAGAUACUUGAGAAUUAAAGAGAGGAACUAUUAUUUACCAUGUACAGCAAAGUAUCGAUCUAACAAUAGAGAAAGAAACAAAAAGAAAGUUGCAAAGUAUCAAAUAUUAUUAUUUUUUUUGCAUCUUGUGAUUCGCUGAUGUUCCUGUGAGAAAUAAAGUGCAUAAACGUCCAUGAGAUGCAUAACGUCCACUUGUAUCUUUCUUUCCCUCUUUAAUUCUCAUAUGAUCAUCAGCGAAAUGCAUGAAUGCAUAAACUAUCUUCUAAUUCAUAUAUUUAUUAUUAUAUCCUAUUGAAAGUGAUGACUUCGGUCGCAAUACGGAGAUGUUGCUUUGGAUAUAACGAACGGGUCCACAUAAAUAAAAAAAAAAGGUUAUUUGAGGAGGAAAUAAGAUAUUUUUGUCGGUGAAACGUGUUACAUGAAAGAGUAUAUAUAAAAUAUAUACGAGUUAUUUUGUAAGAACAUAUGUCAAAUACAAAUUAUAACACGAUUUA